UGUAAGUAGAAGGUGGUUUAUUUCAAGAGAAACUGGAAUAACAACUGACCUAGAGAUUUAUUGUCUUCUCUCCCUACAGGUCCCAGGAUGACUAAUGCAAUUGCUGUGGGAAGAAAUACUACAACAAUUACCCAGUUCAUCCUCUUGGGAUUCUUUGAAUUUCCAAAGCUCACUGUUGUCCUGUUUUCAAUAUUCCUAGGGAUCUACCUCCUGACAGUGUCCUGGAACUUGGGCCUCAUCACCCUCAUCAGAAUGGAUUCCCAUCUGCACACACCCAUGUACUUUUUCCUCAGUAACUUGUCCUUUGUAGACAUCUGCUAUGUUUCCACUAUAGCCCCCAGGAUGCUCUCAGACUUCUUCGAGAAGCAUAAAUUCAUCUCCUUUGUGGGGUGCACCAUGCAGUACUUCUUCUUGUCUAUCCUGGGUCUGACCGAGUGCUCAUUUCUGGCAGCCAUGGCUUAUGAUCGAUAUGCUGCCAUUUGUAACCCUCUGCUCUACACAGCCAUCAUGUCUCCAACCCUCUGUCUACAGAUGCUGGUAGGAUCUUGGAUAAGUGGAUUCUUUGGCUCAUUUACCCAACUGUGUGCCUUACUUCAGCUCCAUUUCUGUGGACCAAAUAUCAUCAACCAUUUCUUCUGUGACCUGCCCCAACUGAUGAUCCUAUCUUGCUCUGAUACCUUUUUCUUACAAGUUAUCAUUUCUGUGCUCACAGUGAUCUUUGGACUGACUUCUGUGCUGGUUAUCAUUAUAUCCUAUGGUUAUAUUGUUGCCACUGUUUUGAAGAUCACUUCAGCUGAAGGCAGGUCCAAGGCUUUCGACACCUGUGCUUCUCACCUAACAGUAGUGAUCCUCUUCUAUGGCUCAGGCACCUAUGUCUAUUUAUGGCCCAGCUCUGAUGGUUCUCUUAGCCAAAGCAAGUUUGCUUCUAUUUUAUACACUGCGGUCAUUCCCAUGUUAAAUCCAUUGGUCUAUAGUCUCAGAAACAAGGAAAUCAAAGAUGCCCUAAACAGAUGGAAGAAGAGAAUUUUCUCCUGACAUUAUCUUUUUACAAGGUUUGCAUACCUUACUGCAAGAUAAGUGAUACAAAACAUGAAAAUAGGUUUUAAAUACAUAUAGCUUAGUAUCACUUCAAGAUUGGUGGGCAAUAUUAUCUGAGUCUGGCUAGACUUUUAUCUAUUAAUGAAUAGUAAUUACUAGUGUUUGUUAAUGGGAGUCUUAAUGGAGAAUGCUUCUUUUCAUCCUUCUUCUUAUUUUUUUUUUUUAAUAAUACUUUGUUGUGUUUUUGGUCAAGGUUUACCGAGUAAAUUUGGUCCCAUUUGACAAUUUCUACACAGAUUUUACAGUGACAUUAGUGACAUUUUUCACGAAGUGUCAACUUUUUCAUUGUGUUCUCCUUAUUCCAUGUCCUUUACUCUAGUUUCCUUGCUCCUUUAUUUACUCAUCUUUUUUUUAGUCUCUUGACAUUAUUGAUUAUGGGGCACCUUUUGUACUCUGUCCUGUAGGGUUGCUAUGAGUUGGAAUUGACUGGACAGCACUGGGUUUUAGGAUCUAGGACACAAAACAUACACAACAGUGUAUGGAAAAUGAACCUUAUUAGCCUGUAGCAGGCUGUGUGUCUGUGUAUCAGUAUCUGCUUCCCCUCCCCACCCCAGAGCAGGAUUAUGCUUCUUCAUCCCUUUGAAUUUAGGCUGGGAACUUGGAAUUUUUUUUGUGGCAAAUGAAACAUGAGUGGGCAUGACAUA